AUGCCUGACCGGCUGUUUGAUACCGGGGCUGUCCUGACCCAGCGAGAGGCCAUGACUGCAUCUCUGGACACCCCCAAGGGAGCAGGGAGACCGCCAGACAGCCCAGAGGAAAUCAUUGCUGACAUUGGGAGGUGGCCACUCAAGGCCGAGCAAGCAGAGGGAAACCCAAAGGAAGAAAGCUGUACUAUAGUUUUACGCAUCGCUCCUACAUUCCUUAGAUUUGGCUCUUUUGAAAUAUUCAAGGAAACUGAUGAAUUAACAGGCAGAAGGGGUCCUAGUGUCAACAGAAAUGACGUUCGCAUCCAAAUGAUUGAUUAUGUUAUCAGUACGUUAUAUCCAGACAUUCAGAAUACACAUGCAGAGCACAAGAUUGAACGAAAUGCAGCUUUCUUCAGAGAGAUAACCAGGAGGACUGCCAGGCUUGUUGCAGAGUGGCAGUGUGUUGGAUUUUGCCAUGGCGUGUUAAAUACUGAUAACAUGAGCAUUGUUGGGAUUACUAUUGAUUAUGGCCCAUAUGGAUUCAUGGACAGGUAUGAUCCAGAUCACAUUUGCAAUGGGUCGGAUAACAUGGGUCGUUAUGCCUACAACAAGCAACCAGAAAUCUGUAAGUGGAACUUGGGAAAGCUCGCUGAGUCGCUGGUACCAGAGUUUCCGGUAGAAAUCAGUCAAAGUAUAAUUGAUGAGGAGUAUGAUUCAGAGUUCCAGAGGUGGUAUAUGCAGAAGAUGCGAAAGAAGCUUGGCCUCCUGAUUCAAGCAGAGCUCGAGGACGACAGCAGUCUUAUCUCAGACCUGUUGGAAACCAUGAACAAAACGGGAGCAGAUUUGACAAAUACUUUCAGAGUGCUCAGCAAGUAUGCUGGGAAUUUCGUCAGCGCAGAGGAUUUUCUAGAUAUUCUAACUGAGCAGUACGCUUCCUUGGACGAGUUAAAGGUGGUGUUCAAACCCAAAAUGGAUCCAAGACAACUGUCGGUGAUGCUGAUGUUGGCGCAGAGUAACCCUCAGUUAUUUGCUUUGAAUGGAACAAAAGCCAACAUAUAUAAGGAGCUUGAUCGUAUCGAACGCUACAAUAAACUGCAAGAGUCCAGUGAAGACCAGCUACUGAGUAAUAACCAUGCACUCUGGGAAGAAUGGCUUCACAAGUACAGCACUCAGUUGUCAAAAGACCAAGCAACUACUGGGGAUAAUGAUACAUUUGUGGCUGAACGUGUGAAAAUAAUGGACUCUAACAAUACGGCAUUUGUGCUCAGAAAUUAUGUUGCUCAAAACGCAAUUGAUGCAGCUGAGAAGGGAGAUUUCAGCGAGGUACAGCGGGUAUUGAGAAUGUUGUAA